AUGCCUCGCGUGGAAGCAACGACAUCGACCAGACAGGCUGCAUCUUUCGAUUACUCCGAUUCAGAAUCGUUUAACCAGGCAAAGCCAGCUUCAAAGCGCCAGAAGAUUAUCUCCGACCCAUUCGAUCUCGCACAAGACACCGACAAGAAGAUGAUCGAUGAAAGUACCGAUGUUGCUGCAUCGUCUGCUUAUGACCCGUUGAAGAACAAACAUCUGAAAGGAAGGAGACGUUUUAAUGCAGAUCUAGCCGAUAUAAGCGAGGCAUGUAGUGCUGGCCUCGUUCUCAGUGGGCUAAGGGUUAAAAAGAUCGGUCCUGGAGAAGACGAUGGAUCUUUUGAACUUGACAUCGAGACACUCUCAUCCGAACAUGUGUUGUCGCUCACUCUUUUGGUCAGCGACACAUCCGAAUAUCCAGAGCAUACACUAUACGGCCACACUACCGAUCCAGCUGUUCCGCCCAAACUUGCAGAAGUUGUGGAGAAUAUUGCAGAUGAAUCAGCAAAGUCUAUAGGGGAAGCUGUGGUGGGUGUACUUGCAUCGGUUGGGCGAGCCAUUGCGGACGAAGAUGACGGUGACGACGAUGAAGCCCAUUCUGGUGACGACUACGACUACGAAGACUACGACGAGAUCGGGGCAGCACCUGUCGAAUCAGAAAAUUUUAUUGAUAUUGUUGCUACAGGAUACAGGCCUGGAUUUAUUCGUCUAGGCGGAAACGAUUUCGUAGUCUCUGUGUCUCUUCCUGUGAUCACUUUGGCUGAAGCUAUUCCACCCCGGGCUUUGAUGGCGUGGGAUCGUCGUCUGCUGUCGACGUCUCAACACCUUACUCUCCUGAUUUCUGGGUUCCACGGAUUGUAUCCUGUUCUGGAAAAUGAUGCAACUUAUACAGUACCUGCACAACGUCUCGGAGCCUCUCUGUCAUUCAAGGUCGGCUUGAGUGAGAGAUACAAACCCGGAACUGCGCAGGCUCAGGAGGUUGUUCGUAAACAUGGUUUGAUCAUUCAGGACGCCGAAGACGAACUUCGUAUACAAGCAGAGCUGGCUGCACAAAAAGCUAGAGUAUUCGAUUUUGAUGCUGAAUUUGAAGACGAUGAACUUAUGCAAGAAGUUGUGGAAGAAGAAGAAGAACCUAUCGACCCAGGACGUUUCGAUAGCUUCAGUUUGAGCAGCUCGCUUGAGUCACUUAUGGACCAGUCGUUCCUCAAGCUUAUUCAGCUUCGAAGAAAUUUCGGACUCGGAUGGGCUGGCGCUGAACUACUUAUCUCUCUUGUGGAAAAGAGUCAACGCAAGGAAGAAGAUGUUUUUGCCAUGUACACCAACGAAAUUCGUCAAGCUGACCACGAAGAAAGAGGUCUAGCAAGAACUACAAAACUUCCACAUGAUCCUUUAUCUGAUCUUAACCCCGAUGAUCCAUUCAACCUUCCAUUGACUGCUUUUUGUUACUUGGUUCGACGUCUUUCGCUUUGCCCCAAGUAUUGCAUUGUCUGUCACAAUAAGCUGACUUUUGACUACGAAGCUCUUAAACCGUAUGUCUGUGACUCGAAACUGUGUUCUUACCAAUACUACUCACUCAACCGGGGACCUUCCCUUGAAUACGAGAUCCUACAUAACAGCCAGACAGUAGACCUCCUUGUUUCUCUAGCGUAUGUUUCCGCCUCUGAAGGUGUCAUGGAUGAACCUCUUCCUAUAGGGCUGGGUCUUCGCGUUCCACUUCCAAGCAGCGCUGGUGCGGUACAAGCACAUCCAAAUUAUGUGGGCUGGAACACUCAACCUGCACCAACAGUAGUCCCAGAGACUCCAAAGACACUAAGUCCUGGACCAGACGGAUUGUGCGAUUUUGAUGAUCUUACUCACAGUCAAAUGAGACUCUGCAUUGCAAAGUUAAUUAACACCCUACCAUCGAUUGAUGACAUGAAAAAGCAUUUGGAAAGAAAAGUCAAGGCGGGGAAAUCGAAGCCCAAAUUGCGAGAAAUCGACCCUAAUGUGAUUCCCGCCGCGUGGUCGAUCCUGAGAUGGGUUGUGGCGUCAUGUACGGCACAUAUUGAGCCUAUAGAGUCUGGCGAGGAACUGAUCAAGAAUUUGGAUCCAAGUUGGCGGCAAUUCAGACUCACCGUAGGAGCACCCGAAGCUGAGGCGAAAUUUAAAGAGGCUCUACAGCAGGCAGCCACGGAAGACCCCAAUGUCCGCACGUAUCCAGUAAUAUAUAUUAUCCGACAUGGGUUGUGGUACAGGACAGUAGCACACGGACGAGCAUAUGGGGAUGGGGUUUAUCUCGCCAAAGAGGCAAAUACCUCCAUGAGUUCCUAUGCUGUAGCAGCAAGGACGUCAUGGCAAAAGAGCAUGUCGGGACCAACAAAUUGUGUGGCUGUCACUGAAGUGGUGAACCAACCUACGAAGUUUGUCAGCUCAAAUCCUCAUUAUGUUGUCAAGGACACACAUUGGAUCAUGUGUCGUUAUCUGUUAGUGAGAGGCACCGGCGAUUUUGAGGCUCCUAAGGGAAACGACGCCAAAGGAACAAAGACUAGCCAAGUCGUCCCUUUCGUAAGGCACGAUCCGGCUCACAGAACCACCGUCAGUGGGAAAGUGAUUGAGAUUCCGGAUCCAUCAUACAAGGUCAUAAGUCUUCUCGAAGCUCGCAAGACAGAUUAUAUGCAUGAGGACCCUGAUGCAGAGGAUAUGGCAAUAUUCGAACUCGAUCCCAAUAAGCCAAAGAAAUCUUCCGAGCACAAUCAUUAUGAUUUUGACGACGACGACGAUUAUACCGUGCCCGUUGCUUCGUCUUCUAAAUCCAAAGUUCCCCAACAACGUCAAGUAGACGACUGGAAACAUGACGCCGAGUAUGUGACCUCUACCUUGGAAAAUCUGUUGCUUCCUCCGUUCGAAUCGUCCCCUUCGGCAAGUAUGGCUAUCCAAAGGGAACUCAAGUCUAUGCUAAAGGAGCAGGAAACUGCCCCGAGCCUCAAGGACUUGGGCUGGUAUAUGCCUCCAGAACUCAUCGGUGAUAAUCUGUAUCAAUGGAUUGUCGAAAUGCACUCCCUAGACCCAACACUCCCCAUCGCCAAAGACAUGAAACAAAAUAACAUCAAUUCAAUCAUUUUCGAAAUACGUUUUCCACCCACAUUCCCUAACUCACCUCCUUUCUUUAGAAUCAUCACUCCUCGAUUCUUACCUUUCAUUCAAGGUGGUGGUGGACACGUAACUGGAGGGGGCUCUAUAUGUAUGGAUCUUUUGACAAGCGAUGGAUGGCUUCCCAGUUAUAGUAUAUCCGCCGUUUUGAUGCAAAUUCGGCUUGCGCUUUCUAAUCUCGAACCGAGACCAGCACGAUUGGCAAGCGACUGGAAAAGACCAUACGGCAUACAAGAGUCCCUUGUUGGAUACAAGAGGGCGGCGGCAACUCAUAACUGGACUCUUCCUCCUGGCCUUGAUCGCCUCGUUCGCUGA